AUGGCAAUGCAAAAACAACAACUUACGUUAAUAAUAAUAAUAUUCCAUGUCGUGGUACGAGUCCGACCUUUGAACAGUGCCGAAAAAGCAAGAAAAGCAUUCCAAUGUGUGUUUCCAUUAGACAAGAAGAGGGUUUUAUUGGUGGAUCCGGAAAAGUUCGAGAACAAUAUUCUACGGCAAAAUCGGCAACAUGAGAGGAAAUUCGAGUUCGAUGCAGCUUUUGGAGCUGUGUCAAAUCAAGAAGAUGUUCAUGAAACUACAACCGGGCCAAUCAUAGAUUCAGUGGUUCAAGGGUUCAAUGCAACUGUUUUUGCUUAUGGGGCCACGGGUUCCGGAAAGACUUUCACUAUGAUUGGAACCAAGGAACGUCCCGGAUUGAUGACAUUGAUGACAAAAGCGUUGUAUGAGAAAUUGGAUGGACAGUAUCAAGUGUUACUAUCCUAUAUGGAAAUCUACAACGAAAUCAUACGAGACCUAUUGAAUCCAACUGGGGGUGAUUUGGAGUUAUUGGAAGAUGAGCGAGGGAACAUCCGAGUACCCGGAUUGUCUUCAAAUCGAGGAAUACGUCUAAAAGAAGGAGCUGCAAUAAAUCGUUCUUUACUGGCACUUGGGAAUGUCAUCAAUUCUUUGGCUUCAAAGACAACAAAGUAUGUGAAUUAUCGGGAUAGCAAACUGACAAGACUAUUGAAGGAUUCGCUUGGAGGAACUGCAAAGACAUGUAUGAUAGCUCACGUGACGCCAUCAAGCUCCAACUUCGAAGAGACAUAUAACACAUUGAUGUAUGCUUCGCGAGCCAUGAAUAUCACAAAUAAACCUGUUCGUAAUCGGCCGGCCUCCGCGGACCAAGUGUAUGCUGAAGCGAUGAAUGCAAUCAGGAAGGAAAUGGGAUCUCAAAUCAAAAAUUCGUCAUCAAUAUCUGGAUUAGCUGCUCGUAAUGGCUUACCUGAACGAACUGGAAGUCGAUCUCGUCCGAAAUCAAUCUCCCGAAACAGCAGCUUAACUCGAGCUCCUGCGGCUUUAACGACGAUCGACCGUGGGCGUGGCGGCUCACUUUUCACACAGCUCAAGGAGCAAUACAUGACACUGUCCGAUAAACAACGGAAAUUGAGAGAAAAAUUGAUGGCAAUUAAUCAAGAGGCUUACUCUCUCGAAAUGUCCCUGAUCUCCAAAAAUGCCAUCAUCAAUGCGUGGGAGAAGGCACAUCAAGACAAAACAAACGAUAGUGUGGAAAGGUUGAAACAGGAUGGAGAAUUACAGCGAGUACGUCUUGUGGAACUAUCUGAUCAACGAACUAAAGUAGAGAAGGCGCUCCGGAAAGGGGAUGAAAACGCGAGUGGGCUGAAUCCCGGAUGCGUAGUCUCGCUGCCACUAAUGAAAAUUUCCGCCUUGUCCGACCUUGCCAUCAAGGGAUUGAUCAUGGAUAGAACUGACACUUCCAUCGCGAAAUUGCAAAAAUAUGAGCUUGUCGCUGAUAGGUUGAUAGAUGGGAAAUUAGAUGAUGCUGACCGCAAGCAACUUGAAGAAGAAUAUCGCCUGAUCAAAAACCAAUUCCAUUAUCACCUGCUCCCUCUGAAAAACAUUCAAACAACAGUAUCAUGGAAUUCAAUGUUGCUACCAAAAAUCAAUAACAACAACAACAAUACAAUAAUCAUGGAGGAGAGACUGAACUCCGCUUCCAAAAAGAAAUCUGAAAUCUCACUACCCAUCAUAGCAAAUGGUAGAGAAAAAUAUCCCACGUCUUCUGCAGAAUCCACAACUGAUGAUGAUCGAGUCAACUCUCCGGUUACCGAACGUUUGCCAAAUAUAUGA